AUGAUACUCCGGCGUCACAAAGAGCUGAGCAGGAAGGGGUCCCGCACGGAAGCCAGGGAAGCCAAGUUGGUCCGGCUGCGGCAGUGGCUGGAUCAAUCUCUGGCGAGCAGCGGCCUGUCCCUGUUGAGCUGGACGUGGCGACAGAAGAUGCUGCAGGAGGACGUGGGCCAGAUCUCUCGUUCGCUGCAGUACAUGACAGGUCUGGGAGCUGAAAUGUGGGGCUUUGCUUUGCGUCACUACGUGUCAAGGAUUCAGCGCAACAUUGUCACUCAGCUUGGGGGUCGCAUUCCACUACCUCCUUUCGGCACCGUGUAUGUGACGCAGCGGUCAUGGAAGCUCAAGAAGGAGGAGUUUGUGGAGAAGGUGGUUGCUGCUAAGGUGCUGCGUCCCUCUAUGGAUGUCGCUAGGGGUUUCCUGGUCAAGACGGAUGAGAGCAGCUAUCUCAUGACAAUGGUGGCUGUGGAGAAUGUCAAUCAGGUCUUAGGUGAGUUUGAAGUGGCUGCUCCACCAGUGCAUGCCGAUGAGCCAGGUGUUAGGAGGAGAUUGCGGGGGAAAACCGCGAUCGCUGUGGCCGGGCUAGAGAAGGAGGAGCGCUUGGAAAAGCUCAUGCACGCCGGUGGAGGAGAUCGACAAAUGGGUGCCGAGCAUGUUGUCGGAUGGUCUGACGCCGUGGAUCCGUUUUCGGCAGAGACCUUGGAGCAGUGGAAGGAAGGCAAGGAGUUCCACUUGCUGCCUGGAAAGACGGUGCACACUGUCAGGGCUAUCACGGGGCGGCUCAAGACAAGGGCUGUCAUUUGCGGCAACUUCCUGGGUCAGAGCUUCUCCAAGGACCAGAAGUAUGCAGCCGGAGCAGAUGGUGCGCUGCUCCGGGUUUUGCUCCGAAUGGAGGCUCGUCCCACCUUGGUUCAGGUGCCCAAGAUGCUUCUGAUGGGUGGCGUGUGCAAGGAAACCAUAUGGCAUGUGAAACCAGCCCUUUAUGGGAUGGUGACUUCUCCUCGCUCGCGGGAGGUGAACGGAAGUUUGUGGUACAUUAUUGUGGGCUCAAGGAGGGCAGGGGCCAUCAUCUGCUACGUCGACGACCUACUGAUUGCCGGGGAGGUGGCGGUGGCGAAAGAGGAUCUGUUGGCGCGGCACAGGGACUUGGAGAGCUACGAGCCACGAUGGUUGGCCGGCCGGUGUCGUCCUGAGAUUCUGUAUGCUGUGAGACCGCAGGAGGCGGUAAACCGUGGCAGCUACCUGCUGAAGUACCUCGAGCUCUAUCCGGAGGUCGGCAUCCUCUACACUACCAAGCCGGAGUUGACUCAGGAUGCCCAAGUGUCGUCGGCUGGAGUUGUGAUUGAGGGCUUCUGCGAUGCGAGUUUUUCCCCGAACUCGGGACGGAGUCAGCAAGCUAUCAUGGUCUUUGACAUGGGUGGCCUUGUUGCUUGGACAAGCGGCAGGCACGCCUUCGUCACUAUGUCCACUGCCGAAAGCGAGACGAGCUACAUGCGAGCUUACUACUUGCACGAAGUCGGUGGAGCAGCUGGUGGCUGA